GGCGCUUAUGGCCAUGCUUAGAAUGCAGGUUGAAGCUAUAGUUCUGCCAUUACUUAAGAUGGCUGCCCCCAUCAAGAUGACCGGGGUGUGCCUAGGGGAAAGAGGCAGCGGGAUGCUUUGAGAUGGUCUAGCAUUGAACCCUAUGGAAGUUUCUGAAACUGGGGAGCCUGAUGAUGGGGGGUGGAGCCCGUGGGGGGUAGAGGGAGCAAUAGAUUGUUUCCCCAGGCUAACCCCGACCCCUCCCUGUCCUCUGGACUAAAAUGGGUAACACCCUGGGCCUGGCACCGCUGGGGACUUUACCCCGCCGGACCCCCCGUCGAGAGGAACCACUGCCCAACCCCGGGAGCUUCGAUGAGCUGCACCGGUUGUGCAAAGAUGUAUUUCCAGCACAGAUGGAGGGCGUGAAGCUGGUUGUCAACAAGGUUCUGAGCAGCCAUUUCCAGGUGGCUCAUACUGUGCACAUGAGUGCCCUGGGCUUGCCAGGGUAUCAUCUCCAUGCCGCCUACGCAGGGGACUGGCAGCUUAGCCCCACUGAGGUGUUCCCCACCGUGGUGGGGGAUAUGGACAGCAGUGGCAGUCUCAACGCCCAGGUCUUGCUUCUGUUGGCAGAGCGGCUACGAGCUAAGGCUGUCUUCCAGACACAGCAGGCCAAGUUCCUGACGUGGCAGUUUGAUGGCGAGUAUCGGGGAGAGGACUACACAGCCACUCUGACCCUGGGAAAUCCUGACCUGAUUGGGGAGUCAGUGAUCAUGGUCGCUCACUUCCUGCAGAGCAUCACCCAACGGCUGGUGCUAGGAGGAGAGCUAGUUUAUCACCGGCGACCAGGCGAAGAGGGGGCCAUCUUGACUCUGGCUGGGAAGUACUCAGCUCUACACUGGGUAGCUACGUUGAAUGUUGGGUCAGGUGGGGCCCAUGCAAGUUAUUACCACAGGGCAAAUGAACAGGUUCAGGUUGGAGUGGAGUUUGAGGCAAAUACAAGGCUACAAGAUACAACCUUCUCCUUUGGUUACCACCUGACUCUGCCCCAGGCCAAUAUGGUGUUUAGAGGCCUGGUGGACAGUAACUGGUGUGUUGGUGCUGUGUUGGAGAAGAAGAUGCCCCCCCUGCCCGUCACUCUCGCCCUCGGAGCCUUCCUCAAUCACUGGCGCAACAGAUUCCAUUGUGGCUUCAGCAUCACCGUGGGCUGAAGUGGUCCUGGAGGCGACCUCCACACAGCAGCUGGAACCUUUGAGUCAGAUGCCCUAGGGCCAGAGACUAACUAGGUCCCUCUCCAGAGCCUACCUUGCUGAUGACUUCUAGGGCAGAGUGGCGGGCAGGACCGUGUCCUCCUCGGAACUGAAGCUGCCACACGAUCAAUUCCCCAUGAGGCAGUGGUUUGAGGUUCCCAAUUCUGCCAGCAGCCCCACUAUAAUUUUCCGUAUCUCUAUGGCUCUGGACUGAAGGAGAAGGAUUAAGGGAUGUAUCUGGCUUCCCUCACCCUACUUUCUUCUUUAUUAUUUUUAUUUGAUUAAGGUAUUAGCUUCUUCAAAGCAGAAAGAUCUGCAUGGGAUUCACUUCCUAUACCAUUUCUCCCAUUUUCCAUCCCUCAGCCUCCCAAGGUUGGGAAAAUAGGGUUAAAGAGCUAAAUCUUUGGCCAUAGAAAGAUCAAAGAAUGGGCCCACCCAUUCCUUGAAGGACCGUCAUCUCCUAGCCCUGAGACUUCCUCCUUUCCCAUCUUCUGUGUUUCCAGAGAACUGCUUUGGUCCUAUGGUCACCCCAACUCCCCACUCUCUGCCCCCUGCCCUGUCCAUGCCCCAUGGAUAACCGCACGGAGAGACAGAUACUGUUCAGUGUUUCAUUGCUGCCACUGAGCUCCUUUUAGCUGGUCCCUAUCUUGGGCACCAGCAAUUUCCCCUUGCCAGUCCAGUGUAUCCCAGGGGGUCUGGGGAAGGAGGCCAGCCUGGGCCUCAGCUGAAGAUUUCCCCAAGCAGCGGCAUCAUAGCAGACAGUCCCUGGAUGCGCUGUAUUUCAUACGAGUAUGCAUUGUUUAUGCUCCGGAGCUCAGCCAGCAGGCCCAUCAGCUUUGCAUACAGAAACCUUUGGAAGGAGUAGUAGGGUUACCAGGGAAAGAAGAGGGAAAUAAGGCAGCUAGGAGUCUCGUCCUGGGGCCUCAGUCCCCCGAACUGUCCCCUCCAGGAGGUUAAGUCUGAACAUUAGAAAAUCCUGCUGUGGAUGGCACAUACUACAUUUUGAAAAUGUUCAGAAGUCCCCAAGAGGGCCUCUGUCAGCACUGUCUUCCUUCUUUGUGCCUAGUUUUUCCUGAACCCAGGGCUUAGAGGUCAAAUGUAAAGAACUAGACUUGGCCAAAACUUCAACUGUAUAGAACCUGAAGGUGGAGCCUUCUAGAUGGAGUUCUAGAAGGCGGGUGUGUUGUUCUAUGGUAUAAAACAUCCCCCUCUUAGCAAACUGAUUUAUCAAGGAAUGAGCAAAACAAAAGUGGCAUUAACUUCAGAGCCUGGACUAUCGAGCCAGGGACAGGCUUUGCCCAUGAAACUGUGAAUGACCAGGACUUCAAAUGGAACUGAAAAAUUCAAGGAAUUGACCCAAGGGAAAGGAGAGGGCCAAAAAGAAGAAUGAAGUUGGAGAGGAGGUGAUGGCUAUCACCAGUCUCAGGAAUGCUAUCACACACAGGCUAUGAGCUACUACUUUGCAUCUCUACUGAAUAAAAAAAAAAAAACUUGGAAAAGUGAGAAGGAACAGCAGUGUGCACAGUUUGGGUACUGGAACUAGGUGUGAUAGGGGUGGCCCAAGGGAAGAUCUAGGUUCCCGAAGGAAACAACGGUAAAUGCAUUCAUUCUGAUCCCAAUGUUUCUCCAAUCCCUUCCUUCCCCCGGUGCAGCCUGUGAGUCCCCAGCCUCCUACCUACCGACUUUGGGGCCUCUGCUGCUCCUUGAUGUAGUUGUUCAAAAUCAGUGCCAUCUCUUCUUGCAGCUGGUCAAUCUCUUCUCUCUGGGUGACUCCAGGCCUGUCUGAGAUAGGAGGCGGGAAGGUCAAGAUGGCAGGGACCCAGGUGGGGAGCCUCACGUGGUACAGGGACUGAGAACGCUAUAGAUCCACACUGUGGGCUGGGAAGCAUGAUGGUCAGGGAUAGAUUAAAGGGGCUGAGUUAGUUCCUUGGCUUUUGGAUGAUGCUCACCAGGAGAGAAGAGGGCCAUGGCAGCCAUGAGCACAUACUCGGGCUCCUGGAGUUUUAGUCGUUUCAAUGUCCCAUGGAAGCGCAUGAUCAAAUCCAAAAAUUCCCACUGGAACCCUACUGUGAGAGGCGGUAGGCUUAGGAGCCUCCUGGUCACGCUUCAUACUUUAUACCCCACGGACACACAGCCUGUGCUGUUUCUACCAUCUUACCAUGGACCGCAUCUUCUACUCUGUAGCAUAGAGGCCCACAGAGGAAAUUCUGCGUUUGAAGACAGAAAGUAAGGUUGAGUGAGAUGUGCAGUAUUUCCACAGCCGCUCCCUUGAGCAAGGAGAUCUGGUCCUCCAUGGGUAGGGCCCUGUGUGGGGCAGAAAAUAAGGGCACUUUAGACUUAGGCCUGCCCAUCAA